UGUGUUUAAAUAGCCCACGCCAUUAGCUCUCUCCCCCUCAGUUGCUUUUACUUGCGAACGCCAUAUUGGUCGCUCGGAUGACUUGGUGUUUUUUUCUUUAGGAAUUACUACGAGACUGGAGUAGACGGGAGUGACUUCUCCAGAGCUGCACACUUUCAUGCGAUCACUUGUUACUUCUGCUACACUGACUACAUUGCUUUUUUUGCGGGGUUUUUAUUAUUAUUAUUAUUAUUAGUGGUAGUAGUACUAUUAUUUUUGUGUGGCAUGCCUGCUCUCGUGCUCUCAUGCAUGUUCGUUGUCUGAUCGGGUUUUUUUUCUAUUACGGAAAUAAUAAUUACGCGCUUGUGAUCUGACGUGUAAUCUCGACAGCAGCUAUUUGUUUGUUUUCGUGCCGAGUUUCAUGUGGCAAAAUGUCGGACGUGCGUCUUUCUAAUGGAAGUCCGCCGCUGGAGCGCGUGGACGCGAGACCGGAGGGACACACCAAACCUUCGGUGUGCAGGAACCUGUUCGGCUCGCCGCACCCGGGGGAAGUAAGACAAGCGUAUCUGGACGAGUUGCGGGAGUCGGAGGCUGCGUACAGGGAGAAGUACAACUACGACUUUGUGAAGGACAUGCCGCUUGAGCCGGGCAGAUACGUGUGGGAGCCGGUGGACGCCAGAGACGCGCCCGAGGUUUACAGCAGGCCGCCGCGUGCGACCAAACGGGUGGAUCUUAACGCGAGUCAGACGGACUGCCAAAAAACGCAAAGCGCUGGGAAGAAAAGACCUGCCCUGGAGGACGCGGAUUCUGCACGGCAGAGUAAAAGAGUGAACCACGGAGAGGAAGACAGCAGCAGUCAAGACAGUGCAGAGCAGACACCCAGAAAAUCAGAUACCAGCACGUAAAACAACAGGACCUACAGGAAAAGAGAGAUGAAGAAUGUGCAUUUCUCCAUCAAAGAGCUUUAUGAAGUAAACAGGGACAACAGCAAAUGGAAAAAAAAGAGCAUUUCCUUUUAUAAGGAUGUGCAAGGCAGUAGAAGCACUGAUUUUUUUUAUUAUUUGUUUUUACACUAAAGUUUUGGCACUCAAAAAAAAAGACAUUUGCCUCAAAAGCAGACAAUGUAGCAGUGUGCAAAUGGAGUUUCCUUUUUGCUUUUGUCUUUACUACCUAUGUAUAUAAUUAUAUGUAGCAUAUUAAAAUAUAACAUUAUGAUGAGAAAAACCAUAUAGUGUGAAUGACUUGAAGAAUUGCUGUGCAGUUUUCAAAACAACCCCCAAUCAUACUCCCAGAUUAAAAAAAAAAAAAAAAGAUGUUUUAUUAACUUCAAUAUUGUCAGGGUUUAAAACACUGACAAGUUAUCCAUUUCAAAAAUAAUCACAAAGGACCGAGGUCCUCCAUUAAAAAGCUCCCAUAGAAAAAAGUUCACAGUUUAAACAGAACUGGUGUCCAACCAUUUGAGACACCAGGAGAAAUUUUUUUUGUUGUAUUAUUGGUGAUACUAUAGAAGUGUGUAUGGUACUUAAUUAUGUGAAGUUUAUUUAAAAAUCUGCCAAAGUUGCAACACAUUCAGGCAGGGAUAUUCUUUUUUAGGGUGUGGUUUUAUGGUUUUGACAGUGUUUCACAGUAUUAUUAUAUCCCUGGGUUAUUCCACUAGUUUCUUUUCUCCCUAGAUUAUGUUUUGAAUUUUUUUUAUGAAUGACAAAACCUACUGAGUAAAUAAUAACUUUAAAAAGGAAACUGAAAUUAACAGCAAAUUUUCUUCAGUAACGUUUCGUGUAUAUUUUUUUUUUCUUGCACCGUUGUAUAACAAAUUUUUAGAUUAUAUUUUUUUAAACACUGGUCCAUGUUUGUUUUUGGGUUGUUGGUUUUUUUUUUUUAAGAAAAAGUCCCUAAAUCUAGUCAUUUGCAGUCACACAUGGUAUUCAUGUUGAACAUGAUGUUCCACUAUCCCCCCAAACAAUAAAACAAAAACUAGACGUUACACUGCAUGUGUAAAAUUCUGAAGUGUACCUGUGUAUAUUGCUUUGUAAAAACACUGAGGAAAUUAUACUAACUUAUUUAUGUUAAGCUUUUUUGUUGUUGUUGUUCAUGACUAUCCAAAGUGGCAUUUGUGUUUUUUUUAACUACCUUUUUUUUCUUUUUUCUUUUUUUUUACCGAAAAGUUUAUUUUCAAAUUUUGAAAAGAAUUUGUGCAAGGUUGCAAACUGAGCCUAUGUUAAAUUUUGAUGUGGAUUUUGUAUUGCUUGUUUAAAGAGAUCAUUAAUAAAAAAUAAAAAAAAGACAAA